UGGCUGUGCUGCUGAGAGGGGAGGGAGCAUACAGAGCCAGGUUUCGGCUUUCAACGCAUACCACACUAACAGCACCAAAAUACACUAAAAUACGGGCUAACCGGGCUUGUAGGACUACAGUGGACUACACCUUCAACUAAAACUGACUUCGGAUUUUGGGGAAGUCGCCAGUGACCACGGAUUGUGGAUUGUGAAAAGAGUUUUGAUUGCCUUUUAAUGUGGGAAUGCUUUCUCCUCUUCUCCGUGGUAUGUGGAUCUGGGAGCGACCAUGUUAUUAGGCAGCUGAUAAAAGGAGCCGUGGGCUGCUCUAUCCCAGCUUGAAUAAGAUCCAGGAUAGAAACCGAGAUAUAUACGGAGAAGAGCAUUCACUGGAACCAGGGAAAAUGAAAAUGAAUGCAUCUCUGUAUCACUGACAAGCAGACCUGGGAUGAUAUCAUGACCUUUUCUUCCUGAGAGUAACUAGUUUAGCAAUGAGUGGGGGGAUAUAAUGGCCAAGAACAAGGAUGCACGCCCCCCAACAUUCGCCGUCAGCGUGGUUGGCCUCUCGGGGACGGAGAAAGAGAAGGGAAAUUGUGGCGUGGGGAAGUCCUGCCUAUGCAACCGAUAUGUGCGUCCAGAUGCAGACAACUACUACUCGGAGCACACCUCGGUGCUCAGCACGAUAGACUUUGGUGGUCGUGUAGUUAACAAUGACCACUUCUUGUACUGGGGAGAGGUGUCGCAUCGAGGGGAUGAGGGAUUGGACUAUAAAAUCCAAAUCAUUGAACAAACGGAGUUCAUCGAUGACCAGACGUUUCUUCCGCAUCGGAGUACGAACUUGCAGCCAUACACAAAGCGGGCAGCAGCAACCAAGCUCCAGUCAGCAGAGAAGCUUAUGUACAUCUGCACAGACCAGCUGGGCUUGGAGCAGGACUUUGAUCAGAAGCAAAUGCCUGAUGGGAAGCUAAACAUCGAUGCCUUUUUGUUGUGCAUUGAUGUUAGUAAGGGUUGCAACAGGAAGUUUGAUGACCAAAUGAAAUUUGUCAAUAGCCUUUACUCUCAAAUUGUCAAGUCAAAGAAGCCUAUUGUUGUUGCUGCCACGAAAUGUGAUGAGUGUGUAGACCAGUACCUGAGGGACCUGCAGGGCUUUGUUGCCAGUAAGAAGAACCUGAUGCUAAUUGAAACGUCAGCACGCUCCAAUGUCAACAUAGAGCUUUGCUUCAACGCCCUAAUCCAGCAGCUGGAUAAAACAAGAGGGAAGCCAAAAACUGUGCCAUACCUGGAGGCCUAUAAAAUCCAACGUCAGCUUGUUGCCUCAGCAACAGAUAGAUUUGAGAAAUUGAUGGUACACUCAGUUAGAGAUUAUCACAUCACUUGGAAAACUGUGAUGAAUAAUCUAAAGGGGCAGUCUGACUAUUAUGAGUUCAUUACCUUGGAGGGCACCAAGAAGGCCCGCAACAUGUUCACAAAGCACAUUGCACAACUGAAACAGGAGCACAUUAAGAGGAGAAGGGAGGAGUAUCUGACGACGCUACCGAAAACCCUUAACAACAUCCUCAAUAACCUGGACGAGAUUGAACACCUUUCAUGGCCCGAGGCACAGAGUGUGAUCCGGAACAGGUCUGAUUUCCAGUACUGGUUUGUGAUACUGGAAAAUACACCGUGGGACGAGACGGACCAUAUUGAUAACAGUGACCGUAGGAUACCCUUUGACCUUCUUGAUACACCGGAUGGUGAGAGAAUUUACCAUAAUCACGUCCAGCACCUUCUGUCUGAGAAGAGGAGGGGGGAAAUGAAAGAGAGGUUCAAGAAGACAUUGGAGAGGGUUCAUUUUAUCACUCCAGGGCAGCCUUGGGAGGAAGUCAUGUGCUUUGUCAUGGAGGAUGAGGCCUACAAGUACAUCACGGAAUCAGAUAGGAGGGAUGUUUACUGUAGGCACCAGCAGGAAAUAGUUGAAAGGGCUAAAGAGGAUUUUCAGGAAAUGCUUUUCGAGCACGCCGAGUUAUUCUAUGACUUGGACCUGAAUGCAACCCCCAGCUGUGACAAGAUGAGUGAAAUUCACAGUGUGCUGAAUGAGGAGCCCAGAUACAGAGCACUGCAGAAACUUGCCCCAGAUAGAGAGUCGCUCCUCCUCAAACACAUUGGGUUUGUUUAUCAUCCCACUAAGGAGACAUGCCUGAGCGGGCAGAACUGUGUGGAUCUGAAAGUGGAGCAAGUUUUAGCAAACAGGCUGGUACAGCUCGACCACGGACGCUCUAAUCUUUACUAUAACAGUGCCAACAUCGACAAAAUAAACCUCUGCCUCCUGGGAAAGGAGGGUCUCUCACAGGACCUAGCCAAUGAGAUCCGAGCUCAGUCUACAGACGAUGAGUACACUCUAGAUGGUAAAAUCUAUGAACUGGAGCUUCUUCCUGUGGACGUCAACUCCACUUUGCUCUUCAGCCACACAUGGGUCACCACUUUUAAGCCACACGGCUGCUUUUGUGUGUUCAACUCAAUAGAGUCGCUUAACUCUAUUGGCGAUUGCAUAGGCAGGAUAAGGGCGGAGAUAGCACAGAGUCGGCGAGAUAGAUUCGCUCAGCCGCUCCCUUUUAUUCUCAUCCUGGCAAAUCAGAGAGACAGUGUUUGUAAAAACAUACCCAUCUUGAGGCACCAGGGUCAGCAGCUGGCAAACAAAUUGCAGUGCACCUUUGUCGACAUCCCCUCCGGAGCCUUUCCUCGCAAAUUCACUGAGUUCCAAAUUAAGCAGGGUCUCAGAGCAGUGCUGGAGGGGCUAAAGCAUAGCUUUGAGGUCUUGGCCCCACUGCCAUGUAUCAAAGACAUGUCAGAGAUGGACCUUAGAAUAGUCAUGUGCGCCAUGUGCUGGGAUCCCUUCAGCGUUGACCUCAUCCUCUCGCCGUUUCUAGACUCGCAUUGCUGUAGCGCUGGACAGCCUGGUCAGAGCAACACACUGAUACUGGAUAAGAUCAUAGGGGACAGCAGGAGGAGGAUCCAGGUCACCGUCCUCUCCUACCACUCUGCCAUUGGUGUUCGUAAAGAUGAACUAGUGCAUGGCUACAUUUUGGUCUACUCUGCCAAACGCAAAGCUUCCAUGGCGACCCUGCGAGCCUUCCUGGCAGAAGUCCAGGAUGUAAUCCCCGUGCAGAUGGUGGCAAUCACAGACAGCCAGGCGGAUUUCUUUGAGAAUGAUGCCAUCAAGGAGUUGAUGACCGAGGGGGAGCACAUUGCCACAGAGAUUGCUGCCAAGUUUACGGCCCUCUACUCGCUGUCCCAGUAUCAUCGACAGACUGAGGUUUUCACCCCUUUUUUCAAUGAAGUGCUAGAGAAGAAGCCUAACAUUGAGAGCUGCUUCCUGUUUGACAGCUCGUCACGUGAGUGCACCACAGGAGCCAGUGAGGAUGUCUUUCCCACCUCUCCCCAUAGCCACUCCCCAGCUUACAACACUUACUACCCAGAGUCUGACGAUGACAAUGAGGCCCCUCCACCUUAUAGUCCAAUAGGCGAUGAUGUUCAGCUUCUCCCCACACCCAGUGAGCGGGCUAAAUACAGGAUCGACCUCGAGGGCAAUGAGUACCCAGUCCAUAGCACACCUGUCGGAGACCAUGAACGCAACCACAAAGUGCCUCCACCCGUCCGGCCCAAACCAGUGCUCCCCAGGCCUAAUGUUAAAAAGCUGGACCCCAACCUGCUCAAAACCAUUGAAGCUGGUAUGCGAAGUAAUCGAAGAAUGCCACGUGCCCCAGUGAUGCACACUGAAGAUGUGGAGCCAUCAGACAACUAUGCAGACCCUGUGGACACCCUGCUCAGACCCAGGGGCUUCCACAAUGAUGACAUAUAUGCUGUGCCUGAAGAUGCACACAACCGCCUGAUCAAAAUAAAGAACUCUUUUGGUGGGUUACACAUUCUCCACGGAGGAGGAGAGGAAGAGAAUGGGUUUGAUCGGAAAUCCCAGGCUGCAAGGCGGCCAUCAAAAUAUAAAGAUCGCUCAAAAAUCCUUUUCAGCAAGACGAAAGCCUACCAAAGACGAUUCCACUCGGACAGUGAUGGAGAGGAGACUGGCCCGGCCACUCAGAAAAAGAAAAACAGAAGAGCCCAUCGGGGCAGCGAGGAGGACCCGCUGCUCUCUCCUGUCGACCCUUGGAAGGGUGGGAUUGAUAAUCCUGCAAUCACCUCCGACCCAGAGCAGGAGGACAAGAAGCUGAAAAAGAAGAAGACGCCCAAGACGCCAAAAGAAUCCAAGAAGCCGAAAUCCUCCAAGCCCCCCAAACCGCUGUACCCACCCACUCGAAGAACCUGGGAGAGCAACUACUUUGGCGUUCCCUUGCAGAACCUAGUAACCCCGGAUCGCCCCAUCCCACUUUUCAUCGAGAAAUGUGUAGACUACAUAGAGCGUACAGGUCUGACGACAGAGGGCCUGUAUCGCGUCAGUGGGAACAAGACAGACCAGGACAACAUUCAGAAACAGUUUGAUCAAGAUCACAGUAUUGACUUUGUGGCGAUGGAUGUGGCGGUGAAUGCCGUUGCUGGAGCGCUGAAGGCUUUCUUUGCUGACCUGCCCGAUCCGCUGAUCCCCUACAGCCUGCACCCAGAGCUGGUGGAGGCCGCAAAAAUCAUGGACUACAUGGAGCGUCUGCAGGCACUGCGGGAGAUUGUGAAAAAGUUUCCUCCCGUCAACUACCAGGUCUUCAAAUACAUCAUCACACACCUAAACAGAGUGAGCCAGCAUAGCAAAACAACCCUGAUGACAGCCGACAAUCUGUCCAUCUGCUUCUGGCCCACGCUCAUGCGGCCCGACUUCGAGAACAAGGACACGCUGUCGACCACCAAGCUGAACCAGGCCGUCAUCGAGUCCUUCAUUGUACAGAGCGACUACUUCUUCCACGGCGGCGAGGUGGCCGAGAGCUCCAGCAGCGAAGGGACACCGCCCCCGCACUGCCACAACAUGGUGGAGGCCCUGCUGCCGCUGCAGCUGCCGCCCCCCCUGCAGCCACAGCAGAUCCAGCACACCCUGCCCCCUGACCCGCUCAUAUAAGAUCCAGAGGAGCAUGCUGGGAAGUGAAGUGGAGGGUGGUUGUUUGCCCGCGCUGCCAGCCGCUUACGGCCGACAAUUGCAGGUCAUCCUCUGCUCUACAAAUAGCUGGCGGGCUCAUAAAAAUGGAAAAUAAAACAACCUGGUUGCUGAUUUUCGGGGGAUUCAUCAGCUGCUGUUUGUCAUCGACUUGGAGGUGAAUGAGCUUUGGGGGUUUAGAGGCGUAUCGACCAUUUGUUGGAUCAAACCUAAUCUGUGAGACCUGCUCAUCCUGUGAGGAAAAUCCUGGAUUAGAGAAUUACAAUCGCACGUCACCUUUUGGAACUAAUUUUUGUAUCUGACUGCCCCCCCUUCAUGAUACAGAAGCUGAAAACCGCGAAUGAACCGCUUUGAUUUGGCACAUAGUGACAACACUAAUCGUUCCACAGGGUCAGACACAGACUCUUGGGAUCCCAGGACACACUCCUACCUUUAACCCAGACGGAAUAGCACAUUGGGGGCCAGAAGUCCCUAUUAAGCACCGCCCUCCUCAUCCCCGCUCCGAGAUAAGAGAAAAGGGAAGUUGAAUCCCUGCGACUGCAACUCAAAUGUGAAAUUAUCUGAUACGGACUGAUUGGCGGACUCAUUAGCUGACUUGACCGGCUACCUGACUAACACACAUGCUGACUGUGAGGAUUUCAGUCUUCCUGCAGGUUUCAGCACAGGAAAACAUUUCUUCUUCUUUUGUUUGACCUUUGUUCAUAAGAAGGAAGGAGGGAUCAACAAGACACUAAAGGUCAAACACACUCAUGGGCGCGAGAUGAAGUCAAAGCCUUGUAGAAGAGCUUUUCAGUUUCGGUGAGGUGGGAGAUGGGUGCGCUCUCACUUUUAAAUCCUAAAUGACAAAAAAAAGAAAGAAAAAAAACAAAGAACCCCCUUCCCGCUACAUGAACUUUGACCCUCGUCAAGGACAGCACAUGCACGAUUUGUGUCAAAAGUCCACAUGCCAAUUUCAUGUCUGUUUGCUUAGCUCUUUUUUUUCUUUCCAUUCUUUUCAUUUUUUUAAAAACAAAAA